AUGGAGCUGCGUCCCCGCAGCCACGGCACGCCGCGACGGGACCCGUUACUCUGGAGCCGGGAACCCUUGGAUGCGCGGCCGGCGUCGGAUCGGCGGCGCAGGAGAGGUGGAGGCGCCAGCGUCACCUUGCGAGAGUUGCAUGAAGCAUUUGAGGUUGCUGGAGCUGUGGCCAAUGGCGGCCCCUCGGCGUUGGCGAAGCCGAAGCCCUGUCUGUUGACGCAGAAGUGGCUGACGCCGCGCUGGCGACCCAUGGGAGAGCUGAAAUCUUCCGUGCCGCAGAGCAAAUGGCACAUCAUCGCGGAUGCCGUCCAUCACCAGGCAGAGAAGCAGAAGCUUCAUCCAUCGGUCAUCGAGGGAGCACUGAACUUCCUGAGGGCUUUGGUGAACGACCCCAAAUUCCUGAGACAAAGAUCUCUACUGCUGCGGCUCCUUCAGCUGGUGGAAAAGGCGGUCUACAUUGAGGACAGCAACGCUUCGGAGUAUCCCAGCAGUGCUUCGAGGAUUCCGUACUUUGUGGGGCAUCACUGGUUAUCCGCACGUUUGCAGCACCUGAAGAAGUCCAGCAGUUCCAUGAGCGAAGUCAUCCGCCGCUGCGAACGCUUCGAGAACAUCCGUGUGCAGGUCCAAGGCCGCCUGAUGGAGCUGGACCAGCGUCGUAAGGCCGGCCCGCGCUUUGCGGCGCCGGUGCCGUUGGCGCACAGCAUGAACCAGGAGGAAGAAGAGGAGGAAGAAGUGAGGGAAAAAGAGGAUUUGGAUGUGGCAGCGGAUCGCUUCGCUAAACAGCUGGCUGCGGGCAGAUCGGGGAGUUCCUCCUUGAUCUGGCUCUGGGGCGUUUGGAAGUUGGUGCACGCGCAGCUCCUGCGGCGCCGGCGCAAGAAGGGCGAGCUGCUGACGCGGACCUUGAUCGGCGACCUGGUGGCUCCAUUCCGGCACUGGAUGAUCUUCGCGGUGGAGAACCGCUGCGACAGUAAGCUGAUCACCUAUCACACCUAUCUCCAAGAGCGCCAGAUGUACACCCGCACUGCCAUGGAUCUACAAAACAAGCGAGAGGUGCCCUGGAAAUGA